AUGGAACUGAGAGAUGUGUUGUGCACAGAGACAUUAAGCCCUCAAACAUCCUUCUCUCUUCUAAGAAAAAUCCCAAGUGAGGAAGGGUUUUAUGUUGGAAUUGCAGAGGCAGUCGGGUAUUUGCACAAUGGAACUGAGAGAUGUGUUGUGCACAGAGACAUUAAGCCCUCAAACAUCCUUCUCUCUUCUAAGAAAAAUCCCAAGUGA